CAUGCCCAGUCAAACACAAGCUGGCUACAAUCGUAAAGCAGUGAAGUACUGCUGGAUAAAUAUAUGUGCAAUGUCACGAAGUUAUUUUAUAGCUAGAGACAGACGACUGAAAUCAUCAGCAUGAUAGUGUUCGUCAGGUUUAACAGCAGUCAGGGCUUUGCUCUGGAGCUGGAGGCUGGGGCGAGUGUGGCUGAGCUGAAGGAGGCAGUGGGGCGGGAGCAGGGGGUCCAGCCCGAGCAGCUGAGGGUGAUCUUCGCCGGCAGAGAGCUACACAGCGACUGCACCCUGCAGGGGUGUGACCUCCCUGAACGGAGCACGGUCCAUGUGGUUCUGCCGCCCGUGGAGUCGGCCCGGGCGCUGGACGUGGUCCUGCAGAACCGGCUGGGCCUGGCGGGGGACAGUCUGACCCGGGUGGACCUCAGCGCCUCCAGACUGCCCACCAGCUCAGAGGGACUGGCUGCGGCCUUGGAGACCAACACGGAAACAGAGUCCAGAUCCCACAGUAGCUUCUACAUCUUCUGUAAGACGGUGUGCAGAGCAAUCCAGCCCGGGAAACUCAGGGUCCGUUGCCAAACCUGCAAGCAAGGGACACUGACACUCAGCCGGGGGCCAUCUUGCUGGGAUGACGUCCUCGUUCCGGACAGGAUCCAUGGACUGUGCCAGGCCAGGGGCUGUGACGGCAGAGUGGCGGAGUUCUAUCUGAAGUGUGGGGCUCACCCCACCUGUGACAGCGACACGUCCGUGGCCCUGGACCUCAUCACUGCCAACAUCCGGGGUGUCCCCUGCAUCGCCUGCACCGACGUCACGAGCCCGGUGUUGGUGUCUCAGUGCCCUGAGCGCCAUGUUAUCUGCCUGGACUGCUUCCACACCUACUGCGUCACGCGGCUCCAGGAGCGACAGUUCGUCCACGACCCCGAAAUCGGCUACUCCCUCCCCUGCGCAGCCGGCUGUGCCAACUCCCUAAUUAAGGAGGUCCAUCAUUUCCGGGCUCUUGGUGAGGAGCAGGUGGCUGCAUGCACAUGGUGUGCCCGCGCAGUGCGUGUCGGUUCCAGUGGUGCUGGCUGUGCCGCGUGGAGUGGAACCACGACUGCAUGGGGAACCACUGGUUCGGCUAAACCCCGGACUGAACCCUGGACCGAACCCCAGCCUGAACCCCCAGCCAAGGCCUGGGGGCGACGGGACUCAGGGACCCUGAACAAAGACAUUCAUAAUAACAACCUCCUUCCUCCUCCUUUUAAAGCCGUGACUUAUUAUCAGUCGUGCGCAGGUACAUCCAGCUUACAGUGGGUCAGAGGUCACAGAGGUCACCCCAGCAUUCUGAUCACUGCUAGAAUGUAAAGCGGGUGUGCGCUGUAUCCGUCAUAUUGGUGCUUUUCGAGUGGGUCGGGGACCUUUGUGCGAUGACGCUGGAUGUGAUGUUCGACAGCAGGGCAGGCGGGUAGAUGUGUCUCUUUGAACCCUGCAAUCUGUUUCACUUUUAAAUACACCGUUUCUCAGCUCCAUUUGACCAGGUAGAACACAGGAUUUGUGACACUGCCUUUUGUACAGGCUCCCGGAUUAAACAGGAUUAUUAGUGUCACUUUGAUCCAGUUCCCUGCUGACACAUUUUAAGAUUUAAUUGCCUGUCAGAGUACAUAAUCAACGAAUAAGGGAGGAUGUGAAGUUAAUAUUACAUUUAUAAGAAUUGCGUUCUUAUUGUACCCGUCAGGAAUAUGAAGUUUGACUGUUUUAAUAAGAGCCACCCCUGCAUCGCGAAUACAUUUAUACGUCACAUUCUAAAGAAUGAGUGACAAAACAUGGUUGUAUUAUGCAUUUCUCUUAAGUCAAAACAAUGCCCCGAAGGGACAUUUUAAUUGCACUCUUUGUAGUUAAUUAUGUGAAUCCGUCAAACUUUUUCCCAUCCAUUUGCAUUGUUCAGAACUGCCUCUGAAGUUCACAGUGGUGGGAAAAGCCUAAAUCAGCUUUAAUACACUGUCAGGUGAACACGGCGGGCUGUCAGAUUUUACUGUUCUGAAAAUUACUUCAUUGUCUGUAUGCAAAUUGGUACAUCAUAGGAUCGUUGUUUUCUCCACAUGAAACCAUUAAAAAAAAAAGCUUGUUUUAAUUUAAUGUUCCUUUGUGUUACAAUGCAAGUCAUUUAGAGUAACCCCAUCAUCAUCAUGUUCUAAUUCAAAUUAUUUCAUGUGGAGUACACAAAGGUAAUUAUUAUUGUAAUUAUUUUAGUGGAAAUGAAUCGGUUGACGGGGGAUAAUCGGUGCUGAAACGCGAACGCUUGAGGAGCUUUAAGGCCGGUUUGUGGUCCUGCGAUGUGCAAUGGAUGUGGCUGUGAAGCGACAUUUUGUUCAUACUCUGGGCGGCUGGAGUGCGGUCGUAAGGGCUAAGGACAAUGACCGCAGUCUACGUCAGGUGACAAUCGAACGUUCAUGAACGUUUUGUGAUUUCAGUCAAGCGACACUGUCGCUGGCCUUUAGACCAUUGAAAAUGGUCGAUAGCAGAUGCAGGGUGAUCGGGGCGCGAGCAGAAAGGUUCCCGUCCUUGCAUAUUUAUUUAUGACAGGAAACCACUGCUUUUUAGAAACGGUACUAUGAUCAUUUGUGACACUAAUUAUCAGGGGGUGUUGCUCAGAUGUUUUAUUUUCACUUUGCUUCACAAACCUUACUGUGAUGUGUAAAUUGAUUUGAAACAGUGGAAUUGUAUUUGGUUGGCCAAGGGCCCGCUGAUACUAAUUUAAAUGUAAUCACAUAUAGCUAAUAUGUGAUUUAGAAGCAGAAUCGUCAUUAUUACAUGCAGUAUUAAAGGAAUGUAACUGGUU